AUGAAGCUGAUCAUUCUGUCCCUGGCUGUGGUGCUCUGCAUCUAUUGCGAAGGUGGCUCAAGUGGGAACAAUAUGCCACAAACACAAGGUGAAGUCUCCAUAGACUCAGGAAAUGGUCCCAUACUUCAGGGAGAACAAUCAUCGGGGUCUGGUGGAACUAACACAAAUGCCACAGAUGAAAGUGAAAAAUUAAAGGAAGAAUUGGAAAAUCUAGUGGGAAGUCAAAGCACUGGUGUCAAUGGCUCAGGUGCCACAAGUUCAUCAGGGUACAGUACAUCUGGACCACCCAGUACUCCAGAAAAAGGCUCCCAUGUUCCAGAAGCGACUCCCACAUACUCAGAAGCAAACGAAGUUGUUGGGGAAACGGCUACGUGGAGUGACGGCAUCUACAGAGCUCUCAACGGCCGCAUCUUUUCCUUCAAGUCUUCCUGUACCUACACCUUCUGUCGUGAUUAUGCUGAAUCUGGAGGAGACUUCCAUAUUGAGAUCAGAAGGAGCAAGAAUGGUGAUAUUGAAGAAAUAAAAGCUCGGAUUGAUGAUGUUGGUGUCUCCAUUUUGCAUGGUUUAGUUUUUGUCAAUGAAGAAAGGGUUCAGAUACCAUACAGCAACAAGAUGAUUCACAUUAAAAAACAAGGUUAUCACAAUGUUCUGAACACCCGUAGAGGGAUCUUGUCUUUAAGAUGGAGCACGAAAGCCCUCUCACUCAUCCUUCAUAACCAAUAUACAACCUGUGGUCUUUGUGGCAACUUCAACAGCACACCAGGUGAAGAUAUUAAUAAACACAUUGCCAAUAGCAAAAUUUCCAAUGACUGUCCCACGGCUCUGAGUGAGGACAAUGAAGUUUGCGAGGAUGGAGUCCAGUAUUGUGACAAAAUUAUUGGAACUUACUUUGAAAACUGUGAGAAGGUUUCCCCGUUAUCCAGCGAGUACAAAAAGGUGUGCGUUGACGAAUACUGUCGAACUGGAGGCGGCAAGAACAGGACAUGCGACACUUACUCGGAACUGGCCCGCCUCUGUGCCUAUGAUGGUCCCGGUGUCUUUGAACGCUGGCGAGAGGAUUCUGGUGUGGUUUGUGCAAAACAACAAUGCCCAGGGAAGCAAAUCUACAAAGAAUGUGGGCCUUCGAAUCCUCCAACCUGCUCAAAUGUGGCUCCCUUCCAAGACAGUGAAUGCGUGAGCGGCUGCACCUGCCCAGAAGGUUACCUGUUGGACGAUAUUAGAGACAAAGAAAAGUGUGUGUUAAAGGAAAAAUGUCCCUGUGAAUCUAACGGAAAAGUGUAUGAGCCAGGAGAAGUCCGGGAAGGCCCCUGUGGCUCUGAAUGCACAUGCCAAGAAGCUAAGUGGUCUUGUACUGAAGCACUGUGCCCUGGCAGAUGUAAAGUGGAAGGGAGCUUAUUCACCACUUUCGAUGACAAUAAAUUUAGCCACCCUGGAGACUGUCACUUCUUGGCUGUCCAUAAUGAAGAUAUCUCUAUUAGUGUUGAGCUUCAUGAGUGUGGAGAUGGUCAAACAGGUUCAUGCUUAAAGAGUGUUAUGUUUCUCCUUAAUUCUUCUACUUCAGGUAACAGAUUUGUGUUCAAUAGUGACGGGACAGUCACGAAGGAUGGAGUUACAAUUAAAGGUUAUUACUAUUCAGAUGAUGUGCAGAUCUUCAAUGCAUCUUCUUUAUAUAUACAAGCUGAAAUAUUAUCUCAUCUUAAGAUGCAAAUUCAAAUUGCUCCUGUGAUGCAGCUGUAUGUGUCCAUUGCUCCCGACACGUUCACAGACACUGUAGGUCUUUGUGGUUCCUACAACAAUAAGGCAGAAGAUGAUUUCAUGUCAAGUCAGAAGAUUCUGGAGAGGACAGCUCAGGCAUUUGCUAACUCCUGGGAGAUGAUGCCUUGCCCCAAGGGAAGCCCAUCUUCCUGUGUCAGCAUCGAAACAGAGAAGUUCGCGGAGAACAACUGUGGGAUUCUUCUCAGCUCAAGUGGGCCUUUUGCUGCUUGUCAUCAAACUGUCAACCCCAAGUUCUAUUAUGAGGAAUGCAAAAAGUACACGUGCUCUUGUGAGAACAGCAAAGACUGCCUAUGUACAAUUUUAGGGAACUACGUGAAAGCGUGUGCUGAGAAGGAAACAUACCUCAUGGGCUGGAGAGAUGGACUGUGCGAGGUGUCUUGCCCAAGUGGCCUUGUUUUCGACUACAAAGUGAAAACCUGCAACAGAUCCUGUCGCUCUCUGUCAGAACGAGACAGGAGCUGUGAUGUGGAAGACAUUCCAGUUGAUGGGUGCACUUGCCCUGAUGGAAUGUACCAGAAUAGUGAAGGAAACUGUGUUCAGAAAUCUGAGUGUGACUGCGCUGUUAAUGAUGACAUUGUGCAAGCCGGAAAAUCUAUCCUUAUUGAUGACAAUAAAUGUGUCUGUCAGGAUGGUGUGCUUCUUUGCGAAACUCCCCUUGAUUUAACCCUACAAAACUGUUCCAAAGGGGCUGAAUAUGUAGACUGCAAAGAUCCCAAGGCACAGAGAAGGACUGAAAGGACAUGUAGCACUCGGAACAUACCUGAUUUUGAGGGUGACUUGCCUUGCAAACGUGGGUGCUACUGUCCGGUGGGAAUGGUCCGCAACUCUAAAGGGAUAUGUAUUCCCCCUGAUGACUGUCCCUGCUCUUUCGGUGACAGAGAAUAUGAACAAGGAAGUGUUACUUCUGUUGGCUGCAACGAGUGUACUUGCAUAAAAGGGUCCUGGAACUGUACCCAAAAUGAGUGUCAAACAACUUGUCACAUCUAUGGGGAAGGACAUGUUAGAACCUUUGAUGGAGAAAGUUACAGCUUCGAUGGGCUCUGUCAGUAUACAUUCCUUGAGGAUUAUUGUGGCCAAGAAAAUGGCACCUUCCGUAUUUUAACCGAGAGUGUCCCCUGCUGUGAAAACGGGCUUACCUGCUCCAGAAAAGUCAUAGUGGCUUCCCAGGACCAGAAUAUCAUCUUACAAGAUGGUAAAGUGACAGCAGUUCAAACUGCCGACAGUACAGAUUGUGAACGCAAUGGAACCUCGUACUCCAUCCACACUGUUGGCCUCUACCUGAUUGUGAAACUUCAGAAUGGAAUAAUUUUGAUUUGGGACAAAUACACAAAAGUAUCUGUUAUUCUGGACCCAAGCUGGCAGAACAAAGUGUGUGGUCUUUGUGGAAAUAACAAUGGUGAUCUUAAGGAUGACUUCACAACAAGGCACUCUUCGGUAGCUGCCGGGGCACUGGAAUUUGGAAACAGUUGGAAAACAAACCAGGAAUGUGUGGAUACAGUGACACAAAGCUUCCCAUGUGACUCGAACCCAUACUGCAAAGCCUGGGCUGAGAAGAAGUGUGAGAUCAUCAGGGAUGACACCUUCAGAGAGUGCCACAGCAAGGUGGAUCCGACGACCUACUAUGACGCAUGUAUUGAGGAGGCCUGUGCUUGUGACAUGGAGGGGAAGUACCUCGGCUUCUGUACUGCUGUGGCAAUGUACGCAGAGGCGUGCAAUGCAGCGGGAGUCUGUGUCUCGUGGAGAAAGCCAAACCUUUGCCCUGUGUACUGCGACUACUACAAUGCACCUGGCGAAUGCAGCUGGCACUAUGAGCCCUGUGGAACAGUGACAGCCAAAACAUGCAAAGAUCAGGUCAUUGGCAAAAAGUUCUCUUCGCUUUUAGAAGGCUGUUACGCCAAGUGCCCGGAAAACGCACCCUAUCUGGAUGAGAACACCAUGAAAUGUGUCCAGUUAUCUGAGUGCAGCUGCUUCUACAACAGCGUCAUCCCAGCGGGGACAGUUGUUACCGACGACUGUGGAAGAACGUGCUCUUGUACUGCUGGCGAGUUGGAGUGCACGGAAACGCCUCCUACAAAUUCAACACCGACAGGCACCACAGAAGCCCCAAGCUCAAGCUUCAGUAGUUCCGCCCUCACAACAGCAGGGUCAACCGGAAGUUCUCAAGGUAUAACCACAGAGGCAAAGAUUCAAAGUACAGUUGGCACAAGCUCCUCAACAGGGAGCACAGAGACAUCCACAGGCCACACUACCCGCCUUCCAGGCUCCACUGUAUCCCCAGCUUCUGCCACCAGUAAACCAGAGAGCACAGUGACAUCCACAGGCCACACUACCAACCUUCAAAGUGCCAGUCUGUCCCCAGCUUCUGCCACCAGUAAACCUGGGAGCACAGCAGUGUCUUCAGGCCACACUACCAGCCCUGGAGCCUCCUCAAGAGUGGCCUCAACCUCUGCCAACAGCAAAUCAGGCACUGUCAGUGGUGAUGAGGGGAGAUGCAAAGUUGUGUCCUCACCUGAGAGUGGUCCCACAGUGCUUCUUACAUGA